CUUAAAAUAAAGAGGUGUACGCAAAAGCAGUCCUUUUAUUCUAGACUCCUCAAGAUGCAAGAGCUUGCGUUUUCUUGGCUGUGCACAUUUGCCUUGGGCUUCUGUGGUGUGGGCUUCGCCGCGGUGUUACCCAGAAGAGAAGAGGCUUCAGGGCAAACAGGCGAGACCUCCGAUGACCUCUCUUUGGCAACCGAGUACCUCCAGCGCUUUUAUGACUUGAAGAAGGAGUCGUCGUCGUCGGUGGUCAGUCGCACAAAGCGAAGCAGCAGCAACAGCAGCAGCAGCAACAGCAGCAGCAGCGAUGAUGCAGCAGCAGUCUUCUCCUCCAAGUUGGAGGACAUGCAGAGCUUCUUUGGGCUGGACCUCACAGGGAGUCUGGACGCCCAGACGCUGGACGUGAUGAGGACGCCGCGCUGUGGGGUCUCUGACGUCGAGGACUACAGCCAGGGCACGCAGCAACGCUGGAAGAAGAACGUCAUCUCUUUCGGAAUUGGCAGGUACACCAGUGACAUGCCUGCCAACGUGGUGGACUCGGUCAUCAGCUCGGCCUUGGCUGUAUGGGGGCGCGCCAGUCAGCUGUCUUUUGUGCGCUCUUAUUCUGACAUGGCCGAUAUCAUGGUGGACUUCACCAAGAGAGACCAUAGUGAUUCGUUCCCUUUCGAUGGCCCUGGCGGCACUCUUGCUCACGCCUUUGGGCCUGGUGAGGGCAUCGGAGGAGACGUGCACUUCGAUGAUGAAGAGUACUGGUCAGCUGGACCUAAAGGCUUCAACCUGUUCUUAGUGGCGGCACAUGAGUUUGGGCAUGCCCUGGGCUUAAGGCACUCGAGAGACCCCAAGUCUCUCAUGUACCCGAUCUACAGGUCCCAUGCCGACAGAGCCUUACUCUCCAGCGAAGACAUCAUGAACCUUAACGCACUAUAUGGGCCGCAGAGGCGAAGGUUGUUCUCUCCAUCGCGGUUCAUCUGGCCCCCCUACAUUAGCCCUGCCAACCGCCUGCCUCUGAACCUGCAGGACAUCUGCGACCCCAAGCUGUCCUUCGAUGCUGUUACGGAUAUCAGGGGAGCGCUGUUCUUCUUCAAAGACAGACAUCUCUGGAUCAAGCACGAUGACCGAUAUGGCAUUAAAGAUGGACCUAUCAAGAACUUCAUGCCAACAAUCGACUCAAAUAUCAAUGCAGCGUACUCUCUGCCAAACAGAUCAACCGCCUACCUGUUUAAUGGAACUCGCGUCUGGACCAUGAGAGGUUCUGUGGUUAAGGGGCGCUCCAAGCCCAUCAGGAGCUACGGCUUUCCAUCCUGGGUCAAACAGAUCGACGCCGCGGUCCACAUCAGCAACACCUCGCAGACUCUUUUCUUUACACGGGAUAAGUACUGGAAGUAUAACGAGAAUCGCAAAGCCAUGGAGGAGCAUUACCCCAGAUCAAUCAAGAAGGAUUUCCCUGGAAUCAACAUGACUCUGAACGCUGCAGUUUAUAAGGACGAUCUCAUCCAUUUCUUCUCUGAUGCAGAAGUACACAAAUACAACUACACAGCACAGGAGAUUGUUGGAACUGAUAAGGCAAACUCUUGGCUCGGGUGCUUGGAAAAAUACGUCGUAUGGACACUGCCAGUGAGUGAGAGGACGGAGGACGUGCACUAUGCGGAGGUGUACUUAAGGAAAUACGACAACAUGCCCAUAAGCGGAGGUCUACGAACACCAAAAGCCUUGAAAAGUCCAAAGAUAAAGUUGAAGGGAAUGCAGAAUUUGUCUUCCCUGAGGGCAAAAUCUAGGAGAGUAAUCUCAGAGACUGUCCCGAACACAAGUGAGGCUUGGAUUGCAAAAUACACCGCAGACCUGCAGAGGGAGGAGGUGGAGCGCUCCAUACACAUGGCUACUAAAAUGUGGAGCGACACCGCACAUCUGAACUUCGUCAAAGUGGACCACGGCCAAGCAGACAUCGACAUCUCUUUCUCAACUAAAGUUCAUGGAGACUUCUUCCCCUUUGACGGGCCCAGGGGAGUGCUAGCUCACGCUUUCGAGCCCGGCGAUGACAUUGGUGGAGACAUACACUUUGAUGACGAUGAAAUCUGGACUAUGGGAUACAGAAAACGCAUCAGGAAACCAGAUACACCAUCAGUUCCCAAUAAGUGUCAUCCCAACUUCUCCAUUGAUGCUGCAGCUAGAAGUGGGAAUGAGAUUCUUUUCUUCAAGGGCAGCUACAUGUGGUUCAGAACGUCAUGGAUGAUGACCUGGGGAAGAGUGAGGGGCAGCCUCAUCAGAGCCUCCCUCCCUGGCAUCACUUCCCCUGUGGACGCUGCUUACAGCACCCCCAACACGCCUGACACACUCUUCAUUUUCACUGGUGUGAAAUACUGGAUGGUUCAAACCUAUGGGAUGAAGCGUUACAGCGGCUCCAUCUACGAUUACGGGUUUCCAGCAACUGUGAAGAAAAUUGACGCUGCUGUUCAUUUGCGGGAAUAUGGGAAAACCUAUUUCUUCACAGCAGAUGUCUAUUACAGAUAUGAUGAAGUUCUGAGUAUUAUGGAUUCUGGAUUCCCUAGAAAAAUCCAGCUUGACUGGCCGGGCAUCGGGAAAAAAGUUGAUGCUGCCAUCCAGUUCCGAGGUAAACCUGUAGUAAUCUCUAUAGUGGCACUGACAAAAGGAGAUGUAGCCCACUACUACGUUAGGAGAUGCAAGAAGGGGGAAAACAUGGAGCCACGGGUGGUUUCUCUACCGCUGCUGCUGUUGCUGCUGCUGCUUGGGGCCUUGAGUGAAUCUGCCCCCGUGUCCAUUUCCAUGCCAGAGACUGGGACAGAGGCUGAGGCGUCUGAAGCGGAUAAAACUUUUGCUGAGGAAUAUAUUGACAUCUACUUCUCAGACGUGACGUCGCUGAACUCCUCAGUCAUGAGGAGCGUAUCAAACUACACGUUUGAGGAGAACCUGGAGAUGAUGCAGUCGUUCUUUGGCCUGGAGGUGACAGGUAAACUAGACAACGACACCAUCCAGGUGAUGAAGGCACCCAGAUGUGGCGUGUCUGACAUCAGCAGGUACGGCCACUUUCAUGGACGACCGAAAUGGGAGAAGAAACUCAUUACCUACAGGAUAACACAGUACACCCCUGACCUGACGAGGAGACAGGUGGACGACACCAUUGCCCACGCUUUCAAACUGUACAGCGAUGUCAUCCCUCUGGACUUCAAGCAGAUCACCAGCGGCACGGCUGACAUCAUGAUUCUCUUCAAAGGGGGAUAUCAUGGUGACUUUUACCCUUUUGAUGGUCGCGGGGGAGUCCUGGCCCAUGCAAACUCCCCUGGUAGGGGCGAGGGUGGUGACACUCACUUUGAUGAUGAUGAACCGUGGACUCUGACUUCAAGAGGAGUGAACUUGCUGCUGGUAGCUGCUCAUGAGUUUGGCCACGCCCUGGGUUUGGACCACUCCCGAGUGCAGGGCGCCCUGAUGUUCCCCACCUAUCAGUACGUCAACACCAAAGGAUACAAGCUCCCCGACGACGACCGCAGAGGAGUGCAGGAUUUGUACGGUGUUAGGAGAGGAACUGCUCCUGACCCGAAGCCAGACCCGAAACCAAAGCCAAAACCAAAACCCAAGCCGGAGCCGGAGCCGGAACCAGAGCCGGAGCCAGAACCAGAGCCUGGACCAAACCCCAAAGAUGAGCAAUGCAGUCGGAGCCUAGUUUUUGAUGCUGCAACCUCCAUCAACGGCGACCUCUACUUCUUCAAAAAUGGAUACUAUUGGAGAAAAAGCACCAUGUUGUCUGGAAUCACUUUGACCAAAGUGUCAACCAAGUGGCCGGCAAUCACUUACGUAGACGCAGCAUUUGAAAUCCCCAAUUCUGCUGCCUACCUCUUCCAAGGCAAUCAGUACUGGGCAAUAAACUCACGGGACAGAAGCAAGAUAAUGCCAGGUUAUCCCAAAUCUAUAUCCGGCCUUGGCCUCCCAGCGUCUAUGAAAAAGCUGGAUGCCGCUGUCUACGAAUCCUACACAAAGACUGUUUUCUUUUUCGCGGGACCACAAUAUUGGAGCUUUGACGCCGUGAGAAGCCAGAUGAACUCUGGGUACCCAAAGCUUAUCAGACAAGGAUUUCCUGGUGUUGGCUCCAAAGUGGACGCUGCUUUCGAGAAUUACAACUAUCUUUAUUUGUCCAAUGGCGCCAGGCAGACGGAGUACAGCUACUACUACAAACGAGUCAUCCGCACCCUCCUCAACUAUGGCUGGCUCAACUGCUACUAAUACAUUCAAAUUCAAUAGCUGAUUAAAAAAGCAUGACACAAUAUAACAGCAUUAACAUUCAAAUGCUGCUGCACUGAUACCAUAGGCAUAGGCUCAUAGACUUUGAUGUUCUAUGUUUUAUUUUCGAUUUAAAAACUACCAAUAACUAUGAUAUGUUAUCAUGUUGAUUUUUUGUGUUAAACCGAAUACUAAGGUGAUAUUUUCUUGGUCUGGCAAACCAGCCACUUGUACAGUACUUCAUUUCACAUCCUUACAGAGGUGAGGGUUUGGUUGUGAUUUCAUUGUCUGAGGAGGAGAUCUUGCUAAAUCAGUGAACAGAAGGAGAGUUCGUUAAAACGUUUUGGGCCUUUUUGUCUUUAUUUUAGAGAAAGGACAGUGUGAGAGAAGGCAGGAAGUGAGUGGGAGAGAGAGAGAGAGGGUAGGGUUGGGAAUUUAUUC